UCAUGCUGCUGCCAGGUCCAGAGUCUGUCAUGGGUCCCUGUACGGCCUCCAUUGCUGCUGUCUCCAUCGCCACACUCUGCCAUGUGCCACUUUCAGGUCUCCUCACACUGCUGGUGUGUUCCAUUUUUUGUCAUAGGGUGCUGGCAGAUUACGGGCCUCCCAUAGCUGCUGCCAGGCCCCUAAUCUGCCAUGGGCCCCUAUACCGCCUCCUCAUGCUGCUGCCAAGUCCAGAGUCUCUCAUGGGUCCCUGUACGGCCUCCCAUUGCUGCUGUCUCCAUCGCCACACUCUGCCAUGUGCCACUUUCAGGUCUCCUCACACUGCUGGUGUAUUCCAUUUUUUG